AUGGCCAUCGAGUGCCGUAUAAUGGCCGUCUUUAUAUGGUUGUUAAUGGGCGAUGGGAUAUCCGUCUACCAUCUGUGUCUGGGCAAAGUCUUUCACCAGACGGAAUGGAUACAGUACCCGUAUGAUGGCACCCAUACAACCGUACUAUACGGUGACAGUGAUGAGCCUCUAGGCUCUUGGACUUUCCCUAAUUCAAUGAUUGCAGGCAAGAUGCAAUUUAAACCAAGUCAAUUGGUGUUCAGCACGCGAAAGCAUUUGAAACCAGAAUCCUCUGAACCUGCUGUUGUAUCCCAACCAGUCACCAGUACCUCCACACUUCCUAUUAAAACCGAAGAAGAUCAUCCUAUCGUUCCAGGAGACUUCUAUGAUCACAGACUAGACAUCUGGACCAUUGAAUCUUUUGAUUUAUCAGAAGAAGACGAAGUCAUCUCUAGUCUACAACCAACCACUACCGAAUUUUUUCCUACUGCAUAUAAUACCACAGGAAAACAGACUCCCACAUCAGACUUUGCUUAUCCACCAGACUCGAACGAAGAGUUUAAUUUUGCAGAGUUUGAAAGAAGAUUAAGUGUCGAUACUGAACGUACCGACUCUAGCGAAUUAUCUUCCAGAUUAAAUUCGCCCAUCCAGUUAACCACUCCAUUAUCCACCCCAGAAGAAGAUUUACCUCCUUCUUUCACCAGACCACCUUUCGCAACCCGCACUACUAUCCAAGUAAACCUUCCAUCUACUAUGUCCGGACAAGCAGCAGCCAACCAGCCCGCACCCCUGCCAAAUCCUGCACCAGGAAAUGUCACGGGAGGACAGAAUCAGAACCCACCUCCUAUGCCUGCAGUAACUAUGAGCAUGCAGAUGCCUUAUAGGAGAGACCGCAGUGCACCCGCUAUCUAUGAUGAAGCCAAUCCUGGACGCGAACUUUCGCGUUAUCUACAGGAUUUGGAGUCACUUUUCUCUCGUCAUUCCAUUACCAAUGAUCAGGAGAAAAAGAGAUGGCUUACCCAUUAUCCCAGUGUCGCUGUCGCCGACUUUUGGGAAAGCCUUCGCGAAUAUAAUAAUGCGAAUAUGACAUAUGACGACUUCAAAAACGCCAUAUUGAAGCAAUACCCUGAUGCAGACACCAACUGCAAAUACGAGCAUAUGGAUCUCGAAAGAGUCAUUGGGAAAUAUGCUCAUGAAGUUUCUACAUUGGCGGUUUUAGGAACAUAUUACCGAGAGUUCUACCCCAAAGCUCAGUUCCUCGAAGCCAAGAACCGGCUUUCUAGUUCAGAAACUGGAAAUUUGUUCAGUAAAGGUUUUCCCAAGCAUAUUUGGGAUGGUAUUAUGCAUCGUCUACAAAUCAAGCUGCCAGACCAUCAUCCUUCCGACCCGUACAUGUUAAACGAGAUUUAUGAGGCUGCUCAGUUUGUCCUGCAAGGGACCAACCAUGGUGAAAGUCUUUACACGAGUACACCUCACGUUCGUUAUGCAGAUAAUGGCUUUUCCAGCUAUAAUGUCGCUCCUGCACCAAUUAAUUUGCAACCCACUUUUACCCUGGCCCCGGUUCCAGAUCCGGUGAUAAUAAAAUCUGAACCUUCUAAAAUAGCCUUACACCUCCAAGCCAUUGAGGAUAAAAUUGCGCAGUUAGCUCAGCUUCAAAUAUGA